AUGAGCGACUACGGCCACUACGCGUUCGACGCUCCACAUCCGCCGCAUCGGCCGUGGACGGCACCGACGUCCAGCACUUCCCUCACUUGGAUUCUGCUCACAACCGUCUUUGGCGCAUACGCUCUCUUCAAGGCGCUCGAGCUUGCCGGUUUCCCUAUUCGUUCCCGCGUCGCGCAGCUUGUUGACAUGUCUGUCGGUGUGCUACCGUCGUCCCACGCCUCCAUCGACCAGUCCGAGACCGAGCCGGCCGAAAACACGAUGCGGAAAGCAAGCGGCUUGUUGGGACUCAUCUUCGGCUCUCACAGCCAAAGCUUGCUUCACAAGGGCGUCACCCGCUUCACAAACGCCUUGUCGAGCGGACCCAGCAACGUUCCGCCUGGCCUCGGGAACCUCAGCAACUCUUGCUACCAGAACAGUGUUAUUCAGGGUCUUGCCGCCUUGCCUUCUCUACGCCAUUACCUUGCCACAAUAACCGCUGAACAUCCUUCGCUUACUGCCGACUCCACCAACGGCGCACUCCAUGAACUGAUCGACAACCUCAAUGAUCCAGCAAAUCUCGGGAAACACUUUUGGAUACCCGGGAAGCUCAAGUCGAUGAGUACCUUCACACAGCAAGACGCCCAAGAGUACUUCUCAAAGAUAUUAGACGACAUGGAUAACGAGGUCAAGAAGGCUUCAAGCAGUAAAAGACGGUCCUCCGUCUCAUGGCUUGAAGCUACUAAAAGCUUGACUAACGCACCAGGCACAUCAGGCACACCAGGCACACAGCAGCACGACGACGCAAAAAGCGGCUAG